AUGUCCACAUGCAAGCGGGCCCCCACCGAACUCGCCAAUUCUGUGACCCCGGCAAAGACGACGACAACAGUGAGACCAAAGACCACCACGGCGGCAAGAUACGCACCGUCAACACCACACGCAAUCCGGGCGUUACAGGUGCGCAGUGGGCUCAAGACGCGGUCGGCCAUGCGCAGCAUGCGACAUCGGACCUUUGGCGACGUCAUGAGCACCAACAACAAAACCAACAGUAAUAACACCCAGGUCACGACGGCGAGCAAUGAUAGUGUGGUGCGGCCUGACUCCGCGCGAGGGAUUCUGCGGCGGCUCGCGAAACUGACGGCGCCAACGAGCAAGAGGGUGGUUGCGACGCCGUCAACGGGGAAUAUGGGUUCGCGAAAGGGAAGAGGGUGGGGCGAUGAUAAAGAGAAUGCGAGGCCGGAUUUCUACGAUGACGAUGGUGUUCGGACCAAGAAGCCACGCUUGACGCUGGACAUUGAAUAUAGUCUGGGGGAAGAGGAGGACUUGCAGCCGCCUGAUGUUGGUGACGACGAAGAUGAGGAUAGUGAACUCCCUGUUGCUCCGACGCCGUCGAUUUUGCCAGAUGAUGACGAUGAGGAGAUGCAAAACAGAUGGCGAGGAGAUGGAAAUGGUGAUCCUACAAUUACGUUCAGGUCGAUCGACUUUUCAAAACACUCGAGGCCGUCGCUAGAGGGUGGAGGACGAAGAGUCUCUCGACUACCAUUCCCAUCCUCAGAACCUGUGGGUGGUCCUGACGAUGCAGAGGAUGGCCCCACCAUCCUCAGCGAGUAUGGUCGAAGGGCCAUCAGUGAGGAGCCCACAGGACGACUGUCACGCUACAGUUUUGGAAGUAUCAGAAUGGAUGAUUUCGGGUCGGAACUGGAGAUACGACAGGAAUCCGAUCAACAGCAGGACAAAGCUAAAGCAAUGGGCGUCUUGAAUGAUUACGCUGGGGUUGGCGUAGAUGAUCAAGAGGAUACGUCAUUCGAUUAUGGUGAAGAAACAGAGGGUCUCCGGAAUCUUCAACGCUCACCCACUCUUCCACCGCCAGAUGAGAGUACUAUGAACAUCCCCGCUCUCGACGAGAGCUUCCAAUUGGAGCUACCAGAUCAGGAAGCAGUGGCACAGCAUGCGAACCCGGAUGCCCAGCCCCGAGUCUCAUUAUAUGAUCCACCCACAGAGGUGCGGGAAAACGUGGUCGAAGAUGAUGAGCCCGGUACAGUGGUGUCUCAACAACAAGACCAAGCUGUAGCAAAUAUCGCGCCCGUACGGACAUCUGCCACUCGUCGAAAGAGACUCAAGGCGACCCGUCAUGGUACAAUCGUACCGUCCUUGCCUUCGAGUCUGAUCAAGCGCGUUGCUGUUCAAGCACAAGCAAGGCUCGGCAAUCGCAAACCCAAACUUGGAAGUGACCACAUGAAGGCGCUUGAGCAGGCCACGGAAUGGUUCUUUGAGCAAGUCGGGGAAGACCUGGAAGCAUAUUCAGACCAUGCUCGCCGGAAGAAGCGGGUGGAUGCAAGCGAUAUGCUAAUGCUCAUGCAGCGGCAGAGGCUUCUGAAGGGCGAAGGAAAACUUUCGAAAGCAGCCAAGGAGAUUUUACCAAAGGACGCAUUGGCGGAAUUGGAUAUCCCUGACGAACUAUGA